AAAGUAUACGCCCGACGACCGGCAGUCUCGGUCAAACUUCUGUGAGGUGUGUAUGUUGUGGGUUUCCUAAAUUCGUCAAUGUCUGUCGUGAAUUUAAAUCAUAAAAAUUCCAAUGAAACAUUUACGAAAGUUGUAUCAAUCAGUUCAAAAACAUUCAAUCAUUCGAAAACAAAAAAAAUUAGUCAUCAAGCUUUCAACUUUUCGACGGCUCUUCGAAAGAAAUAUCGAUCAAAUAAAAUUUCAAUAAACAUUCGAAAGAUCAAUUGAUCAUACAAGUAAUUAAUAAAAAAAAUUCAUUGCAUAAUUAAAAUUUAUUAGUGAAAAAUGUCACGCGGGAUAUUGAAGAACCGACACAUAAAAGACGAAAAAGAGAACAAACGUUUUAUUGGGCAGAUGAAUAAUAGGAUAAUAAUCCUGUAAAAUCGCCAAGCGAAAGUAGGAGGAAAUAAAUUAGAAUAUUAUAGUGGGAGUGAAUUUCUGAACAGUUAAGCUUUAAACAGUGCAACAGUCUUUGGGGUAAAAUCAUAGUGAAGCCACGUGUCGCGCUUGUCAAAUCAAUUAUUUCGUAUUGCAUUCACUUUAAUGAUAUACUUAAAUGAUAAGGCAAACAAAGGACAAAUAAUUUUUGUUAUCUAUUCAUUCUUCAUAUACGAUAAUUUUAACUAUCCACAGACAUAGUUAUUUAAAAUACAUAUUAAAUUAAAUAACAUAUCGACACAAUAUCCGUAUGAAUUAAAUAAAUUAUGAUAACGAAAAUAAGGAAAAUUGAAUAAAUUUUCACGAGUUAGAUUUAUCAAAAAUAUUUAUCAAAGAAUUAUCAGAAUAUAAACAAAUUUUGACAAGAUAUGCUCUAUUUGAAGAUAAAAAUAGAAUUAGUCAAUAUUCAAAGAAAAAAAUUACGAUUUUUUCACGCUUUUCAAUAAUUUAAAAUGGAAGUUAGAAACAAUAAUGAAAAUUCUCUCUGGGUGUUCGGAUAUGGAUCUUUGUGCUGGCAUCCAGGUUUCAAAUAUAAAAAAAGCGCGGUAGGACACAUCAAAGGAUUCAUUAGAAGAUUUUGGCAAGGAAAUACAACACAUAGGGGAACAGUAGAAAAGCCUGGACGUGUAGCUACAUUGGUUGAGGAAAAAGAGGGUGUUGUUUACGGUCGAGCAUUUCAAGUUCAAGACAGUACAGCAUUGCCUUAUUUGGAAAAUCGCGAAUGUACUUUAGGAGGAUAUAUGACAACAAUUACAACAUUUUAUAGUCGCGAAGGAAACAGAAACUUUCCAGUCAUCAUUUACAUUGCUACCAAUAAAAACGAACACUGGCUUGGUGAUGCACCGCUUCAAAAUAUAGCAAAACAAAUCUCUGAGUGUUCAGGUCCAAAUGGGCACAAUGUCGAAUAUCUUUUACGGUUUGUUUUCCCAUAUACGGUCGUUCUGAUUUACUCGUUAAGUUAUUUUAUGCUUUUUUUUCUUUUUCUUUUAUUUUUUUUUUUCUUAUAUUUUAUUUUAUGUGUCACGCACAGAUUAGCAGAGUUUAUGCACCGUUAUCUGCCAGAAGCUCAUGACGAACAUUUGUUCACUUUGGAAAUAUUAGUGCGUUCGAGGAUAAAAGAAAUGAAUAUAUGUUUGAAUACGUUAAUGGGUGACCGAAAUUUCAAUAUUGAUAUCGAGGACAUCGAUGUGAAGGAUGACGACAAUGACUUCGUCACCAAUAACACUACUGGCAAUCUCAGGAAAAAUUCCUUCCAAUUUACUCUUCAAGUACCUGACAAGACUAUGCGUUGUCUCAAAAUGUAGUUUACAUUUGUUAAUGCUUCAAUAUUUGCAUUUUUGCAGAAUUUAAAGAGGCAAAUAGAUAGUUAAAGAAAAUAGGAUAAAUAAAUCAUAAAUAUUCUUUAUAAAUAUUUAUAUUAAAACGUUCGUAUUUUCCGAGAAUAAUUCGUACAAUAUUUGAGAACAAAUAUUAUACGAAUUAAAUCUGAAUGUAAUACAAAUGUGUUUUAAGAAUAAUGAAAGCCAUGUUUGGCAGCUUCGUAUUAUAAAAUAUAUUUGCAUGUUAAAAUGUCGCACUUUUAUUUUUAAAUGUGCUGGAUAUUAUUUCAGAUGAUAUUUAAAAAAAAAAAAUUGUGCCUUAAUUUAUUAUAAUUGAGCAUAAUCGUGUAUGUAUUACAAGUGUUCCUUUCUAUAAUUUUCAAAAUUGUAAGUUAACAAAUUUUGUAUAUUGACAUACAAAAUAUACUGAUUUAUAAAA